UGAAAAUCUUACAAUAAUAGCAGCUGAUUCAUCUGGGACACUAUGUCACAAGUUUGAAUGACGUUAUCUUUUCGCAUCAAACAGGUCGACAGUAGGCUAGCAGUAUGGCCACGUGUGACAAGCAGGACGUAGGUGAGCAGCUGGGGAAGACGCUAGUGGAGGCGAUAUUCAACAAGUACAUCGACGACAUGGAGGUGGAGUGUGACGUUCAUGUAUUUGUGCCAAAAAGAGGCCCAGCAAAAAUAUCAGAAUCGGGGGACCUCAUCCUUCCCCGGAACCUCCAUCUGACAGACUGUGAUGUGGGCGUGGCUGGAGACUGUGACGAGCUACGCAGGAUGUGUCAGGCCGUGUGUGAACUGGACCUUAUGCAGAACAAGAUUUCACAAUGGACAGAGGUCUUCAAAGUUAUCAAAGAGAUACCCAACUUGACCUUUCUGAACUUGACCUCUAACCCCCUGACCCCCUGUGAGGAGCUGGGUGACCCUGACCUUGUGUUCCCGGGGAUGAAACAGCUGGUUCUAAACCACACCCACAUCGACUGGGGCAGCAUCGUGCGCAUCCUCCACGUCUUCCCUGGCCUAAAUGAACUGCACCUGAGUCUCAACGGCUACAGUGACGUCAACUUCCCUGAUGACUUCUCCUACCCAGCUCUGCACAAGCUUCACUUCAACGGCAACUCCGUCACAGACUGGUCGCAGUUCAAACAACUGGGCCACACAUUCACGCAGCUGAGGAACCUAGUCCUGACGACCUGUGAACUAACAUCACUUGGAGAAGAAGAGGAAAUCGCUGCAGCUUUCCCUCACCUGUGUGUGUUGAACAUCAACAAGACACGUGUUGGCAGCUGGGGGGAGAUUGACAAACUGAGACUGUUUCCGGCCCUGACCGAUGUCCGAGUUGUCGGCAUCCCACUUUUUGAGGAUAUUCCCGACAAGAAGCGGCGUCAAUUAUUGAUAGCACGGACCCCCAACAUUGCUUAUCUAAAUGGAAGUGUAGUUCCUGCCCAGGAGAGAGAAGAUGCAGAGAGGGCCUUUGUGAGACAUUACAUGGGUGAAGACAGCAAGCCAGCACGAUAUGAGGAACUUGAAGCCCGCUAUGGUAAACUCGACGCCCUGGUAAACAUUGACCUGACACCCCCAUCAUCCUGCAAAGUUACUGUGAUCUGUGAAGACAAGCAGGAAGAAAUGGACGUCUGUGUCAAUCAAACUGUCACCCAGUUCAAAAAGUUCUUGUCAAACUUUGUGGGCCAUCCUCCAUCCAAAUGGGUGCUCUUCUAUCAUGAAACACAGCUUAAUUUUGGCCCCAGUCGGAUGUUGUAUCCUAAUCGAAAAUUGUAUGCAUAUAAUGUGAGUGAUGGGGACGAAUUUAUCAUUUACAUGAAAUCAUGAUAAAAAUGAUAAUAUAUAUACUCCUGAAAAAAAGGCAAGCACCAGUGGGCUUUGAUGAGUCUAAAUUUACUAACCAGGUAGGUACUUGACACCCUAUUGGGUAGUUCAAAUUGUUCACUUUGCAAUGUGUAUGUGGAUAGCUAUCUUUCCAAGGCAAGAGAGUUAACUGACUUUAAAGGUCCAGUUUCCACCCUUGCUGAACUAGGAUGGAAUUCCUAGGCUCGAUCGUAGCACCACCAGUGGUUAUUACGAGUUAUGUCCCUUCUAAACCUCU